CUCGGGGGUUUGGGAUUGUGAUUUUGUAUAAAUCUCUAAAGUUAAUGUGCCAACAACAAUACAAAACAAAGAAAACAUUACGAGCUGACUGCAAAGCUGCUUGAAGGAUCUGCCGGGCCCGCAUUAUCUGUGAUAUACAGCUCAGCCUCUCGUCCGUCCUAUAAGGGCUGGGCCACUUGGGGCUAGCAGGCGAGUCCUCAGCAGCUUCCAGCGGUGAUCUCACCCUGCCCUCUGUUACAGAGGCACUAAACACUGCUACCUGCUUAUUUGACUGCAUCACUACGAACCAUUGUUACUUAGUCUGUAAUUGAAACAAUAUGCAAGUCUGUGAACUUAAAUGUUAGGAGGAUAUUGUAGCAAAUUAUUUAUAAUAAUUGUCUGAUGUCUAAUGUUUCUGUAAUAUUAUGUGUUCCGUAUCUAAUUAAGUAUAAUUGUUACUCCAGUAUAAACUGUUACCGAACCAAUGCAAUGUAAACACUUCACCUAGUAGCUGAUGGUGAACACAAAUAAAUUGGUGCUCUUGAGCGAGUCUAUAAGGAGAAUGAGAGUCAAGUUAUUGUAAAAAUGUUAGAUAUUAAUAAUAUUUAUAAUGUAGAUGUUGUUGAUAGGAUCCAGCAAAACCAAAUGAUUGGCGAAACGCCUAACUACUGCAUUCCUUUAAUAAAUAACGCCAUAACAGUCCAGGGUAUCUCAUACAGUGACCCGUAUUUGUGUAGCUUUAACGUAAAGUGUAAGAUGGCAUCCCGAACGCCGGAGUAUAUGAACAAGUCUGAUUACGCUUUUAAAUCCCCCGUUUGUGUUAUACGACAUGAGCCUUGUAAGUCGCAACUAAACGAAAAGUCUGCUCAUAAUAUUAUAUGCAAAACGAAAUCUCGAAUGAUUUGUAUUACUCACAAAGACAAGCCAUCGAGGGAGUAUCAUGACAAUAAAAUUGGUGAAAUAAUUAGAGAAUUUCCUAAUGGUGAUCUCACUUUCGAUGCAAUGUUGGAACUCACGAAAAAUGAAGACCGAAUGAUAAAAGAUAUGAAGAAAGAGGAACUGGAUAGUUGGGGUGUACCACGUCGCAUGCGUCUCUGCGGCGGUGGCGAGAGCUCACUCAACGCCGCAAGCGGAUGGGGCAGCCCGCCCGCUUCUAACAAUACUGGGAAUUGGGCUGGCAACUCCAGUGGCCAAACAAAUAAUUCAUCUAAUAAUACUCAAUGGAAUAACUCGGCCCAACGCCCGCCUACUUCUCAAGCAGACAUGAACAGCAACAAAGGAAAUGAUAAUCAAAUGCCGCCUACCAGUGCAGCCUCGGCGCAGAAUUGGCAAGGUUCCACACAAAACAUGCCAAAUUCUCAGUCCAAUAACAAUGGUGCACCUGCAAAUAAUGGCACUAUUAAUGCUGCAAAUGGUGGCGCCAAUCCUAAUCCAACUGCAAAUGCCAAUGGACCCACAGUCGGCAAUGGCAAUAACGGUAACGCUAUAACCGGAUCGUCUGCUAAGAUAGAACAGCUGAAUUUCAUGAGAGAAGUUUUGUACAGCCAAGAUGGUUGGGGUGGUCAACACGUUAAUCAAGAUACCAACUGGGACGUACCAGGGUCUCCUGAACCAGGUUCAAAGAUCGAACCAACCGCGGGCGGUCCGCCGGCUUGGAAACCGAACGUAAAUAACGGUGCUUUCCUCGGAACUGAUCUUUGGGAAGCCAAUUUAAGAAACGGUGGACAACCACCUCCUCAACCUGCGACCAAGACUCCAUGGGGCCAUACACCCACCACUAACAUCGGUGGAACCUGGGGCGAAGACGACGACAACGCUGAUUCAGCCAACGUUUGGACCGGACCACCUCCACCGCAACAGUGGCCGGCUGGACCUCCCCAGCAUGCACAACAGUGGCCAGUUCAAAAGAAGGACGACUGGAACGCAUGGGGCGAACCUCAUAGGCCGGCAGAUCCACGUCUCGACCCGCACCGCUCAUCUGAUCUACGUCAGCAGCCGUCAGACCCGCGCCACGACCUGCGCGGCGGAAUCUCUGGCCGUCUCAAUGGCGACAUGUGGAGCCAACAUCACCAGCACGGCGGCGGACCGAACAAGAUGAUGCCCAGUGGAGCCGUCAACCAGUGGAGUGCGCAGGGUCCUAAAGACCCGAUAAAGGGUUCCGGAUGGGAAGAGCCAUCUCCACCGGCAUCCAGACGUGCGGCUUCAGGAUUCGACGACGGGACCUCACUGUGGGCCCAGCGAGCCGGUAUGGGUGGUAUGGCCGGACGCGGGGCCCCUCAGGGCCCGCCCGUGCAACAGCGGAUCCCACCCACGCCGACCAAGCCAGACGGCGGCGUAUGGGGCGCGCACGGCCAGCGCAACGGCACUUGGGAGGAACCACACACGCCUGCCUGGCCCGACCGCGAGGCACCCGCCUGGCCGGACGCAGCCUCCGGACCGGGACUCUGGUCGGUGCCCAAACCGAAGCCUAACGGACCCGGAGGAUGGACAGAAGAUAUCGGAGAAUGGGGUGGUCCAAAACCGCCACAGGCCGGUGGCCCUCUCGGGAAGCAACUCCCUAAAGAGAUUGUAUGGAGCAGCAAGCAAUUUAGAUUAUUGGUGGAGAUGGGUUUCAAAAAAGAAGAUGCAGAAGCCGCGUUGCGUAGCCGUGAUAUGAAUGCCGAAGAGGCUUUGGAAAUGCUGACCAAUGCUCGUGGAGAACAGUGGAGGAGAGAUGACCAGUUUGGUGGGCAUCAUGGGCCUUUCCAACCUCCACCGAGUGUACCAACCGUUUCGCCAGCUGUCGUGCAGAAGUUACUUAACCAACCGCCUCCUCAGACUGUGCAACAUCAUCACUCAUAUCCUAACAGUGGUUCUGGCAGUGGUCAGCCAAGUGCUGCGCAACUGCGUAUGCUAGUGCAGCAAAUACAAAUGGCAGUAUCAGCUGGAUAUCUCAACCACCAGAUUCUGAAUCAGCCACUGGCCUCGCAGACACUUGUGCUGUUAAACCAGCUGUUGCAACAAAUUAAAGUGCUUCAGCAGUUGCAACAGAGCUCGCAUACUAUGACUAAAGGAAAUUCAACACUUGCAUUGCAGUACUCAAUGCAAAUAUCUAAGGCAAAACAACAAAUUGCUGCUCUGCAGAAUCAAAUAGCUACGCAACAGGCCCUGUUCAUGAAGCAACAGGCUGGCGGUGGGGAUCUGUUCAAACCCACGCAUGAUCCUUUAGCUCAAUUGCAGAAUAAUUUCAGCGAUAUGAGCAUUACUAAGGAUUCACAAGCGUCUUAUGGUGCGAGUGGCAACCAACAAUCACGUCUCAAUCAGUGGAAAUUGCCAUCCCUGGAUAAAGAUGGCGAAGGUUCUGAGUUCAGCCGUGCUCCUGGAACUGCCAAGUCUACUACCAGCCCACAACUGAACCAACUCAGUCUACAACCUGACUCUACAUGGGGAGUUGGCCGCGGUGCCGAGGGAUGGGGUGACAGCGGAGCGGACGUCGCAGACGGCAAGGACGCCUGGCCGACCCACACGCAUCCGCCUGUAUAUGAUUUGGUUCCUGAAUUCGAACCUGGCAAGCCCUGGAAGGGCAACCAGAUGAAGAGCACCGAGGAGGACCCGGCGAUGACCCCGGGCUCGGUGGUGCGGUCGCCGCUGUCGCUGGCCGCCAUCAAGGACUCGGACAUGCUGGGCGGGAAGAGCUCCCCGCCCGGCGAGCGCCUGCUGUCGUCGUCGACGUGGAGCUACGCCCCGCCGGCCACCAGCGCGGGCGCCGCCGCCGCCGGCUCCAAGCCGCCCGCCGACGCGUGGGGCGGCGCCAAGCCGCGCCCCGCGCCGCCCGGCCUCAACAAGCCCUGGCCGCACCACGCGCCCCCGCCGCGCACGCACACCUGGCAGGCCUCCACUUGGCUCCUGCUCAAGAACCUCACCGCGCAGAUCGACGGAUCUACCUUGAAAACGCUCUGCGUACAACACGGUCCCUUGCAAAACUUCCACUUGUAUUUGAACCAGGGAUUCGCUCUCGCCCGCUACUCUACUCGCGAGGAGGCGGCUAAGGCCCAGAUGGCGCUAAACAACUGCGUACUUAGCAACACGACCAUCUUCGCGGAGUCGCCGGCGGAGUCGGAGGUGCAGAUGAUACUGCAGCACCUGGGCAACGGCGGCGGCGGCGGCUGGCGCGGCGGCGGCGGCAAGGACAGCUGGGGCGCCUUCCCCGGCCUGUGGCCCGACCAGCACGAGCAGCGCGCCACGCCCUCCUCGCUCAACUCGUUCCUGCCGCCCGACCUGCUCGGCGGCGAGUCCAUCUAAGUACCUCCACAGCUCACCCCGCGCCGCCCUACGACGCCCCACGUCUGCGACUCGGAACUCGUAAACCGAACGAUCGCCGCGCGGCAUCCAGCUCUGUGGCGGGAAAGUGGCUCCCCUACGAAUUUCAUCUCGUUCGAAUCGGUGACACACUGACGGUGAAGAUUGGACGAGUCGCGAUUUCCGAAUCGAAUGUGGUACGUGUUAAGUUGUAAUUACGCUUUAUCGUCCCCCGUACGGGGAUAGACUAAUUUUAUUCGCCUAGUCAGAUCGUGACGGACGGACGCGUUGCGUCGCGUCACGGCGCGAUCGCGAUAGCCAACUGUCCACGAUACUUAUUAUCCACUGUGUUGUAAGUGUUCAGCUUAGUGUAUUUUAGUGUACAUAAAAUUAUACAUAUACAAAUCCAGACAUAUAAUGUGUAACGAAUUGUGUAUUAUUUAAUAAUAUAAUAGUAGUAGGUGAGGAUGGC